AGCGCGGAUCUGGUGAUAGACACGGUGAUGGAGAGGCGCUAUGACUUUGACCUGACCUACGUCACAGAGAAGAUCAUUUCUGUUUUCUUCCCCGCCGUGCUGGAGGAGGAACGCUACCGGGCCAACCUGAAGGAAGUGUCUGCCAUGCUCAAGUCGAAGCACCAGGACAAGUUUCAGCUUUUUAACCUGUCCGAAAAGCGUCACGAUAUCAUCCGCCUAAAUCCAAAGGUCAGUGACUUUGGGUGGCCUGACCUUCAUGCUCCACACCUUGACAAAAUCAGUGCCAUCUGCAGAGCUAUGGAGACCUGGUUGACCUCUGACCCCCAGCAUGUGGUUGUCUUGCACUGCAAGGGGCACAGAGGCAAAACUGAAGUCAUCGUCUCUGCCUACAUGCACUACAGUGAGGUCUGCGCAGGGGCUGACCGGAUUCUCAGCACGCUGGCCAUGAAAAGGUUCUGUGAGGAUAAGGUUUUGUCAUCUCUCCAUCCCUCCCAAAACAGGUACAUAUCCUACUUCAGAGGGCUCCUCUCUGGGGCCAUCAAGAUGAGCAGAAGCCCACUUUUCCUGCACCAGGUUCUUAUCCCCAACCUACCCAACUUCCAGGCAGGCAGAGGUUACUUUCCCUUCUUGAGGAUCUACCAGUCCAUGCAGCUGGUCUACACCUCAGGGGUCUAUAACCCACAGGGCUCCAGUACCAGGAGGUUGUGUAUUGCCAUUGAACCUGCUCUGCUGUUGAAGGGAGAGGUCAUGGUGAAAUGCUACCAUUGGCGAGCCCAUGGGAGAGAAAGAGACGCGGUAUUUCGACUGCAGUUCCACACAGGCACCGUCCAAGGGGCUCGACUGUGGUUCAGCAAAGAGGAACUAGACGAAGCCUGCAAUGAUGAAAAGUUUCCCGCAGAUGCCAAAGUAGAGUUUGUCUUUUCUUCUGGAUCAGAAAAAAUCAAAGGCUGUGAUUACAGUGGCAAGAGCCAUGAAGUGAUGGUGGAAUGCGCCAGCACCGAUCCCCUGCUGCGCUGGGACUCCUAUGAGAACUUCAAUCUUCGACAUCAAGACAGUACAGAAGAUAUCACCCAUACGCCCGGGCCCCUUGAUGGCAGCUUGUAUGCCCAGGUCAAAAAGCGCCAUGGACCAGGUUCCAACACCCUCAUCUCCACAAAUGACAGCCCAGCUGGCCGAGCAGAGAAGAGGCACGGCUCACCUGUACACAUCAACUCCACUACGAGAUACCUGUCGGCUCCCACUGAGCACUCUAGGUAUCCUCCGCGGUUUUCGAGAUGGCAGAAGAGGGAAGAACUGCAUCGUCAUUUAGUGGAAUUCAGUGGUAUGAGGGCAGAAGGAGAUGGAGAGAUGGGCUUCAUGGACACCAGACAUCCUGCUCCCGUAGAACACCCGGGGAAAGGCAGAGCUGGCCCUUGGUCUCUGUGCUGUGGAGAACCUACCUGCAUGGCAUCUAUGCCACAGUCAAAUGGAUAUUGUCCAGACCGGUCUUAUAACUUUAAUACCCGUCCUACACCACCCAUCUCCCCACACUCUCGCCCAGCAACUUCUCCAGAACCAAUGGUCAUGUGUCAGCACCGUAACACCCACUCUCACCAUUCCCUACCAUGGAAUCUGCAGUGCUACAGUUCUGAAAGUUCUCCCCAGUACUCAUGUUCAUGCCAAACCCAGGGUGUUUCAUUACCUUCCCAUGCUUACACACUUCCUCCUUCCAGCAGGCUGCCCUGCAGGGAUGAGGAAUUUGCACAGGUCCACCAAUCUUCCAACCUACACCAGCUUUGCUUGCAUAGAUCGCAGACUCCCAACGUUUGUCGUGAAAUGUUGCUUAAUGGCCGAGUCUCCCCAGGGCGUUGCUGCCAAAGAGAAGAUUUAUCCGUGCCCGUCAGCACCUUCCACGCACUCCGAAUUGGCCAAGGAGAUCCUGAGGAUUUUCGCUGGGCCAAAGAGGUAGCCACAGUGCAAAGUUCUGACCUGGAUGCAGAGCUACGCAGAGAGACAGAUGUGUCCUGGAAUAGAGAAGGAGCGCAAAAUCAAGAGGACGAGUUAACGUUGCACAGUGGCACGGUAGUCCACUGGGAGAAAGAAGAGGGAGGGUCUCAAUGGGAGAAAGAUUCAGAGUUCUGCCAUAGAAAUAACAGACGUAGCCCCUAUAUGGCACAUGUAUCUUCGUUUGACUCCCAGUCCUGUCCUCCUCCCGUUUGCACUGAACCCUCUCUUAGCCAGUCCCACAGCAGCUCCCACUCCAACCUGGAUCUGAAGACCAGUAGCAGCAGUGGCUAUCAAACCCCGCAACGGCCCUGCUCCUGCUCGACUGAUCAGCCAUCUCUAUCAGAAAGCCGUGGUUAUGCCUCUGGGUACCAGUCAGGAUCUACUUCCCCUCUGCCUACACGUGGCGAAGAUUCCGUAACUUCCCUCUGUAGCAGCAGCACACAUGACUGCUUUGCUCCAGUUGCACCAGUCACAGGCCACUGUCUACAAGGUCCUUCACAUAGCAAGUCUGUGCAUCUCUCUGAGAGUGUUGUGGACACUGUGGCUUGCCAUCACCAAGUUUCCCAAAUCUCUCAGAAAGCGGAGUCCCUAGAUGCCAACAUUACCUGCUCUGCACCUUCAGAGGUCUCUAGGUCACCCGGUUCUUCAAACAUUCAGAGCCCCUGCCCUGGGGAGACGGAAUUCUUUGUGACAGAAGUUCGGGCCGUCCCGGCACGUGCUGCGUGCUUCCAGCCGCAGGAAUCUGAGCAUAAGAACGUGUCCCUGAGCCACAGCGACUCUCAAUGCAUAACCAUCACAUGUACUGCAUCCCCCAUAAAUACCAGGAGCCCAGAACCCACAAGUCACCCCGAAGAGUCCACAUUCCGGCAGCCCUCUGGCUUCUCCUCCAGCCCCAGUCCUGAGCCAACUUGUUCAGGUUUGGAAUCGGUUAAAGUACAGCCCAGCAGCAGUCUUUCUGGGCAUGGAGACCUUGACACCUGGAGCAGUACGAGAGGGUCUUCAAGCUGUAGCUCCACACCACAGCCUUCCCCUUCUUUCUCUCAACCCCCUCAAGGCAGUCAAAGAUGCCACCCUCCACCAUGCUCCCCUUCAAUGGCACAGAAACUUGGGGCAGAAAGCUCAGGGCAUCACCCACCUCACGCUAAUGUAGAUGACCACAGCAGCCAUCGUAUACCCCAGUCCUGCAAUGGUUCCUCCACACCUUCUUUCCCCAUGUCUACAAAGUAUUACCCCCUUAGCAUCCCGCUACUGCCAUAUACAGGGUAUACUGCUGUUACCAUCCCCUCACCCCAGCCUGCGCUUCCUGAAAAGCAACGCAUAUAUGGUACCGACGCUACUCACAGGCCGGGCUCUGGACCCUCAGGCAACAAGCAGUCGCUGUGCCCCAAGCCUCAGCACGUGAUGCCUCCCUCUUUCAGAGAAUUACCAUCUCUCACAAAGUCAGAUGAUGGAUCCCUCCCUCUGGCAGAGGAGGUACAGAACCGUGUCAAGUUUGUCCAGGACCGAUCUCAGUUUUGGUAUAAGCCUGACAUCUCGAGGGACCAAGCUGUCGCUGCGUUGAAGGGGAAGGAACCGGGGGCCUUCCUGAUUCGAGACAGCAGUUCAUUUCAGGGAGCGUAUGGUUUGGCGCUGAAAGUUGCCGUGCUUCCUCUCAACGCCGCCAUCCACAGCAGUAAAGGCGACCCUCAGGAGCAACUGGUGCGACACUUCCUUAUCGAAAAGGGCCCACGGGGGGUGAAGAUCAGGGGUUGCCCAAUUGAGCCCCAUUUCGGGAGCCUGUCGGCUCUGGUCCAUCAGCACUCCAUCACGCCCGUUUCCCUGCCGUGCACGCUGCGCCUCCCCGAGUCCGAUCCAGUCAGAGAGCUACAGGCUGCCAGCAGCACAAGCACAGCAGCAGACCUGCUCAAACAGGGCGCAGCUUGCAACGUGCUCUACCUGAACUCAGUGGAGACAGAAUCGCUGACGGGACCCAAGGCUGUCGCCAAAGCCGCCGGUGUCGCCCUGUCCGGAGAUCUGCAUCCCGGCGCUACAGUUGUGCAUUUCAAGGUGUCUGCCCAGGGUAUUACUCUAACCGACAACGAGCGCAGGCUGUUUUUCAGGAGACAUUACCCUGUCAGCACUGUGAUUUUCAGCAGUGUUGACCCCCAGGAGAGGAGGUGGACCAACUCUGACAGUACACCAACUAAGAUAUUUGGCUUUGUGGCUAAGAAACCUGGCAGCGUGUCUGAUAACAUCUGCCACCUGUUUGCGGAGCUGGACCCUGAGCAGCCUGCCACUGCCAUCGUCAACUUUAUCAACAAGGUGCUGCUGAGGCUUCAGGGCACAUGAUGAAGGACAAGGAAAGGAAAGGAGACGAGGCACAAAGGACAGAGUCAAGGAAGCCUGCAAAGUGCGAAAGAUUAGGGCCUUAAUGGGAGACCAUGUCACAUGGAUUAUGGUUUGCAUUUUAUAACAAACUGUCUCAUAGCGAAAGAUUGUGUAACACCCCAGUUUUAGUUUUAUUCUUCAAUUUUUUUAAAUAACAUUAUCAUGCAUGACAUAAGCAAGUCCAGAAAAUGGAUGAAUGGAUGGAUGGAUGUCUUGUAAUUCUCUGCUUUCUGUGUUCAUACCAAAUAUCUGUUUGCUAAUAACACAGAUAAGUAGGUUUUUUUGUACAUGAGUUUUUUUGAUGACACAUUAUCAACAAAUUAUGCAUGCUGAAGGACCAUAACCUGUACUGUUUUCGCUAUACACAUUAAACACCAAAGUGGUCAAAUUGAAAAAUACAGCACCCGAACAUUUGUGUUUAAAUUAAAGAAACUUCCCUUUAAAAUAUGGAAAUGUAAUGAUUAGCUUCCUUCACCAGGGAUACUGUAAAUAUCAUCAAAUGCAUUUGAAGGUAACUGUUAAUACUAAUGGGUAUUUCUUCCAGCAAUACACACAGCACAAUGUAUGAUGCACAACACCAUUUAAGUAACCCAUUCAGUCAAGUGGUGGUGUGCAUGGUUUGGGCAAACAUCUACACAGCAUUGUGACCACAAGGGUUCUAACUGGCAAACCCUUGUCUAGGGAUGGGAGUCUAAUGACAAGGGCUGAAAUACUGUGGUUUUUAAAAAAUGUUUCCUUUCUUCCUUUUCAUUUGUAGACUUGUAGGGCUGGACUAGAAUUUUAGUUUUUAAUGUGCACUCAGAAAUGUUCAGUUUAGCUAAAACUUUCAAAGUGCUUUGUUUUUAAGAACAGAACAAAGGGU